GUACCUGGAGUAUUGUCUGGACCCCAAAAAGAUCCGCAAACAAGACGCCACGUCCACCAUCAUCUCCAUCGCCAGUAACUCCGUCGGUCAGCCUCUGGCCUGGGACUUCAUCAGAUCCAGAUGGGACUAUAUCUUCAACGAGUACGGUGGUGGAUCAUUUUCCUUUGGAGGAUUGAUUAAUGGAGUGACCAGACGAUUCUCCUCUGAGUUCGAGUACAAGCAGGUACAGUUUCUCUAUUUUUAUUU